GUCAGAGUGUUGGCAGAGCUGCAGGAGAGGAGACGUCUCUCUGUUUCUCUCUGAAGACUAAUUCAACUGAAGACAAACACUGGUUGUAGAGAUGUCUGCUGCCAGCUGUCUGCUGACUGAAGAUCAGUUCCUGUGCUCCAUCUGUCUGGAUGUCUUCACUGAUCCUGUCACCUUAUCAUGUGGACACAACUUCUGUCAAAAGUGCAUCACUAAACACUGGGAUAGUAAUGUCUCUUGUCAGUGUCCCAACUGUAAGAAGGUCUUCAACACAAGACCAGAACUACAUGUUAAUACCUUCAUCAAGGAGAUGGCUGCUUGGUUCAGACAGUCAGCUCAGCAGAAACCCAGCAGCAGCAGCUCAGAGAGACAAGUUUCCAAACCAGGAGAAGUUCCCUGUGACAUCUGCACUGGAACCAAAGUGAAGGCCCUGAAGUCCUGCCUGGUGUGUCUGGCUUCUUACUGUGAGACUCACCUGGAGCCUCAUCUGACCAAGUCAGGUCUGAAGAGACAUCAGCUGAUGGACCCUGUGGAGAACCUGGAAGACAGGAUGUGUGAGAAGCACGACAAACUGCUGGAGCUGUUCUGUAAGAACGACCAGAGGUGUGUCUGCGUGCUGUGCUCAGUUACAGACCACAAGACUCAUGAUGUUGUUCCUCUGAGAGAAGAAUAUGAAGGAAAGCUGGCCGAGCUGGGGAAGACAGAGGCUGAAAUUCAGCAGAUGAUCCACAGGAGACAACAGAAGAUUAAAAACCUCAAACAUGCAGUGGAGCUCAGUGAAAAAAAUGCAGGCAAGGAGAUAGCACUAAGUGUUCAAAUCUUCAACGCAGUGAUAGAUACUGUGCAGAGAAACCUCAACAGUCUCAUCAACAGCAUCAAAGUGAAGCAGAGAGGGACGGAGAAACAGGCUGAAGGUUUCAUCAGAGAGCUGGAACAGGAAAUCUCUGAGCUGGAGAAGAGACGUGCUGAGGUGGAGCAGCUCUCACGCUGUGAAGACCACCUCCAACUCCUCCAGAACUUCACGUCUCUGAACGCUGCUCCACCCACCAAGGACUGGACUGAAGUCAGAGUCCAUCCACCUUCAUAUGAGGGGACUGUGGUGAGAGCUGUGAAGCAGCUGAAGGAGAUCAUCAGUGAACAGAUGAAGAAGCUGAUCUUUGAGGCCAAGCUGAAGAGAGUCCAGCAGUAUGAGGUGGAUGUGACACUAGAUCCUGAUACAGCACAUCCCAAUCUCAUCCUGUCUAAUGAUGGAAAACAAGUUAAACUUGGUAAUGUAAGAAAGAAACUCCCAGACAAUCCAGAGAGAUUUGAUUAUUGUGUAAAUGUUUUAUCAAAGCAGAGUUUCUCUUCAGGCAGAUUUUACUACGAGGUUCAGGUUAAAGGGAAAACAAAGUGGGAUUUAGGGGUGACCAGAGUGAUCAACAGGAAGGGAAAAAUCACACUGACUCCUCAGAACGGUUUCUGGACGAUACGGUUGAGGAAUGAAAAUGAGCACUAUGCUUGUGCUGGCCCUGAUGUUCGUCUCUUUCUGAAGUCUGGUCCUGAGAAGGUGGGGGUGUUUGUGGAUUAUGAGGAGGGUCUGGUCUCCUUUUAUAACGUUGAUGCUGCAGCUCUGAUCUACUCCUUUACUGGCUGCUCCUUCAAUGAAAAAAUCUACCCAUACUUUAGUCCCUGCAUCAACAAUGAUGGUAAAAACUCUGCUCCUCUGAUCGUCUCUCCUGUCAGUCACAGUAAGACAGCGGUAGUGAUAGAUGUAGCGAUACCGAGCGACAGCAACAUCAGGGAGAAGGAACACGAGAAGCUGGAGAAAUACCAAGGACUGAAGGAGGAGCUAGAGAAGAUGUGGGGUGUGAAGGAAACAGUGGUGACUGGGGCACGGGGGGCUGUAACCCCCAAGCUGGGUGGAUGGCUCCAGCAGGUUGUAGAGAUGUCUGCUGCCAGCUGUCUGCUGACUGAAGAUCAGUUCCUGUGCUCCAUCUGUCUGGAUGUCUUCACUGAUCCUGUCAGCUUAUCAUGUGGACACAACUUCUGUCAAAACUGCAUCACUAGACACUGGAAAUCUAAAGCCCCUUAUCGGUGUCCCAACUGUAAAGAGAUGUUCUCCACCAGACCACAGCUGAAGAUCAACACCUUCAUCAAGGAGAUGUCUGCUCAGUUCAGACAGUCAGCUCAGCAGAAAUCCAGCAGCAGCAGCUCAGAGAGACAAGUUUCCAAACCAGGAGAAGUUCCCUGUGACGUCUGCACUGGAACCAAAAUGAAUGCCCUGAAGUCCUGCCUGGUGUGUCUGGUCUCUUACUGUGAGACUCACCUGGAGACUCAUCUGACCAAGUCAGGCCUGCAGAAACAUCCCCUGAUGGACCCUGUGGAGAAUCUGGAAGAAAGGAUGUGUGAGAAACACGACAAACUGCUGGAGCUGUUCUGUAAGAACGACCAGAGGUGUGUCUGCAUGCUGUGCUCAGUUACAGACCACAAGACUCAUGAUGUUGUUCCUCUGGAAGAAGAAUAUGAAGGAAAGAAGGCCGAGCUGGGGAAGACAGAGGCUGAAAUUCAGCAGAUGAUCCAGAAGAGACGAGUGAAGAUUGAAGAGCUCAAACACUCAGUGGAGCUCAGUGUUGGAGUCUUCACCGCACUUAUACAGACUGUGCAGAGAAACCUGAACAGGCUCAUUGACUCAGUCAAGGAGAAGCAGAGAGAGAUGGAGAAACAGGCUGAAGGCUUCAUCAGAGAGCUGGAACAGGAAAUCUCUGAGCUGGAGAAGAGACGUGCUGAGGUGGAGCAGCUCUCACGCAGUGAAGACCACCUCCAACUCCUCCAGAACUUCACAUCUCUGAACGCUGCUCCACCCACCAAGGACUGGACUGAAGUCAGAGUCCAUCCACCUUCAUAUGAGGGGACUGUGGUGAGAGCUGUGAAGCAGCUGGAGGAGACCAUCAGUGAACAGAGGAAGAAGCUGAUCUGUGAGGUGGAGCUGAAGAGAGUCCAGCAGUAUGAGGUGGAUGUGACACUAGAUCCUGAUACAGCACAUCCCAGACUCAUCCUGUCUGAUGAUGGGAAACAAGUUUAUGAUAGUGAUGUAAGAAAGGAUGUCCCAGAUAAUCCAGAGAGAUUUGAUCUGUGUCCAAAUGUCUUAUCAAAGCAGAGUUUCUCUUCAGGCAGAUUUUACUACGAGGUUCAGGUUAAAGAGAAGACUGACUGGACCCUGGGAGUGGCCAGAGAGUCGAUCAACAGGAAGGGGGUUUUCACACUGACUCCUCAGAACGGUUACUGGACGAUAAUUUUGAGGAAUGAAAAUGAGCACAAGGCUUGUGCUGGUCCAUCAGUCCGUCUCUCUCUUCAAUCUGGUCCUGAGAGGGUGGGGGUGUUUGUGGAUUAUGAAGAGGGUCUGGUCUCCUUUUAUGACGUUGAUGCUGCAGCUCUGAUCUACUCCUUUACUGGCUGCUCCUUCACUAAGAAAAUCUACCCGUACUUUAGUCCUUGUUUAAAUGAGUGUGGGAAAAACUCUGCUCCACUUAUCAUUUCUCCUGUCAGACACACUGAAUAG